AUGGCAAAGUCAACCCCCGAGAAGACAGCACCGAAUGCUGGCUCUGACGAUUCCUUCAGUCAUCUUUUGGAUUCCGAGGCCGACAUCCUGAGGCAACAGGUUUCUGCUCCUGCAACAGAUGUUGGUAUCACCACUCUGUACCGAUACGCCACAAUCUCGGAUAAAAUAAUUCUUGUCAUCAGCGCGAUCUGCGCCGUAGCUGGCGGUGCAGCGCUUCCUCUUAUGACACUACUGUUUGGGAAUCUACAAGGAACGUUCCAGGAAUAUCUCCUCAACACGAUACUGUAUGAAGAGUACAACAGCCGCAUGACCUCAUUUGUCUUAUACUUCGUAUAUCUCGCGAUCGGUCAGCUCGUUGUUUUCUAUAUAUCUGUCGUUGGGUUUCUCUAUACUGGCGAACAUAUCAGUAAUGCGAUCCGCGAACGCUACCUUAGUAGCUGUCUACGCCAAAAUAUUGGAUAUUUCGAUAGUAAGAUGGGUAAUGGAGAAAUAACAUCUUGUAUAACGACGGAUAUCGACACCAUUAGGCAAGGAAUCUCGGAAAAACUCGGCUUCGCUCUGACAGCAGUCGCGACUUUUUUUUCUGCUUUCAUCAUUGGCUUCGUAUCUUACUGGAAGCUAACGUUGGUCCUUUUCUCCACGGUAGUUGCCCUGCUUACUAUCAUGAGCUCAGCCUCGGUCUUCAUUACGCGUUAUAGUAUUCAGAUGAGUCAGUCAACUUCUCUUGCCAACAGUAUCAUUGGAGAUGUCUUGCAAUCAAUCCGCACCACAGUGGCCUUUGGUGCGCAAGACCGCCUCGCUAAGAAGCAUGAAGACUACCUUAGCCGGGCUGAACGCGACGGAUUCAGAAUGAAGGCUACUGUGGCUGUCAUGGUCGCUGGAAUGAUGCUGGUUCUAUAUUUGAAUUACGCCCUAUCAUUCUGGGUGGGAAGCACAUUCUUGAUCGACGAAGAGGUCUCUCUCCAGAAAGUUCUCACCAUCAUGAUGGCCAUCAUGCUUGGGGCAUUUGAACUAGGACAUGUGUCUCCGCAUGUUCAGGCAUUUUUGAUGGCCCUUUCCUCUGCUCAGAAACUCUUUAAUACUAUUGACAGACUACCACCGCUUGGCCUUGACCCAACACUUGAUACCGGCGACGAACCGGAUAAAAUAGUAGGCACAAUACGCUUUGACAAUGUGAAACAUAUCUAUCCGUCUCGCCCCCAGGUAGCGGUCCUGGACAGUUUUAGCCUAGUAAUACCGGCUGGGAAGACUACAGCCAUCGUGGGCCCGUCUGGAUCCGGAAAGAGCACCAUCGCCAGUCUCCUUGAAAGGUUUUACGCACCCGUGUCUGGUAAUAUCUAUCUGGACGGACGAGAUAUAAGCCUGCUUAACCUUCGAUGGCUACGCCGAACAGUAUCCUUAGUCAGCCAGGAGCCAAGGCUGUUCGACACUACAAUUUAUGAGAAUAUUCGCCACGGGCUUCUUGGCUCUCCACUAGCGAUGGACAGCCUGGAAAGACAAAACGAAUUGAUCGUGGCUGCCGCUAAGAAGGCGAAUGCUCAUGAAUUCAUCACCGAACUCUCACAAGGUUACGACACCGUUGUGGGCGAACGAGGUUUCCUACUCUCUGGAGGCCAAAAGCAACGCAUCGCUAUAGCUCGAGCAAUUGUUUCGGACCCCAAAGUUCUUAUACUGGACGAGGCAACUAGCGCUUUAGAUAGCGAGUCUGAAAGCUCGGUUCAAACGGCGUUAACAGCUGCUAGCUACGGUCGCACCACUAUCACAAUUGCACAUCGGCUUUCUACCAUUCAAGAUGCUCACAACAUAGUGGUGUUAUCUAAAGGAUUCAUCAUCGAGCAGGGGACACACAUUGAGCUGUUACAGAAAGAACAAGCCUAUUUCCGUUUGGUUGAGAGUCAAAGACUCCACGCAGAGGCUUCCUUGCCUCCACAGACACGUUACGAACUGUUGCCCGCGACGAUGGACCAAACGCCAUCUCUGCCCGCCUCUCAGGGUGGACAGAUGGGUGGGCCAAAUGUGACUUCCACGGACAAAGCCGCCGUUGCAGCACCAGCAGGAAUCGUAUUACAGAGAAGCAACACGCGCCGCAGUCGAAAUGGAUGGUGGGCCACAGUAAAGUUUAUUGCAUCUCUGAACAUGGAGGAGGGGAAGUUAAUGGUCUGGGGCUGUUUCUGGUCAAUCAUCUGUGGUGCGGGAAACCCAGUUCAGGCCGUCUUCUUCGGGAAGCAAAUAGCGACCCUUAGCGCGCCCUUGUCCGCAGACAACAUCAGUCAGGUAAAGCACGCCAGCAAUUUUUGGAGCGCAAUGUAUGUGAUGCUCGCCGUCGUACAAUUCAUCGCCUUUCUCGCACAGGGUGUGGCAUUCGCACACUGUUCAGAACGACUGAUUCAUCGAGUACGUGACCGCGCCUUCAGGGCGGUACUACGUCAAGAUAUCAGCUUCUUCGACGAAACCAGCACUGGAACUUUGGAAGCUUUCAUGUCGACGGAGGUGAAACAAGUCACUGGUCUUAGUGCAGCUACCCUGAGUACACUGAUCAUAGCUUGUAGCACGUUGGUAGGCGCUAUGAGCGUAAGCCUGGCUAUCGGCUGGAAGCUUUCACUCGUGUGCAUUGCGACAAUUCCCUUGCUUCUCGCAUGUGGAUUUACCCGCUUCUACAUGCUUGCUUACUUUCAAGCGCAUGCUAGGAAUGCUUUCCGGGAGUCCGCUGGUCGAGCUUCUGAGGCCAUCUCUUCGAUCCGUACCGUAGCUGCACUCACUAGGGAGGAUCAGGUAUCGACGAAAUUCCACCAGGAACUCGAGGUUCAGCAGCGGGACAGCCUGUACUCUGUCUUGAAGUCCAGUAUAUUCUAUGCUGCGUCCCAAUCACUGGUUCAUCUCGUAUUUGCGCUCGGCUUUUGGUAUGGCGGCACGCUGAUUGCACGGCACGAAUAUGACCUCUUCCAGUUUUUCGUCUGCUUUUCAGCAAUAGUGUUUGGCGCUCAGUCGGCCGGCACCUUCUUCUCGUACUCUCAAGAGAUUGGAAAUGCUCACCAGGCUGCGGUGAAUGUACAGGCUCUAUUCGAGCGGGAGGUUGCUAUAGACACUUGGGUUACCACUGGCCGGCGAAUCCACCCCGAUGAAUGCAAGGCUGCUAUCGAGUUCCGCAACGUGGAUUUUAGCUAUCCAACUCGCCCUAAUCAGCAAAUUUUGCGAGGAUUCAGCUUGAAAAUUGACCCCGGCCAGCAUGUUGCGUUGGUUGGUCCAUCUGGGUGCGGUAAAAGCACCGUCGUGGCUCUCCUAGAUCGAUUUUAUGAUCCAGUGUGCGGCAAUAUAUCUCUCAACGGCCAGGAUAUCCGCUCUCUGAAUCUCAACGACUACAGAGCUGCAAUAUCGAUUGUGUCGCAGGAGCCCAAUAUUUUCUACGGUACAAUUAGGGAGAAUGUCCUCCUCGGGGCGCCCGCGACACGUGAGAUUAGCGAAGAGGCUAUCGUCGCUGCUUGCCGAGAUGCCAAUAUAUUCGAUUUUAUCGCCUCCUUACCAGAUGGAAUGGACACUGUUGUAGGAGGUAGUGGGGUUCUCCUGUCUGGUGGUCAGAAGCAACGCAUUGCUCUCGCACGCGCAUUGGUGAGAGACCCAAAGAUUCUUUUACUUGACGAGGCCACCUCCUCAUUGGACUCGGAGUCCGAACUGCUUGUUCAAGCAAGCCUUGACCAGGCCGCUUUUGGUCGAACCACGAUUUCUGUAGCGCAUCGGUUAAGCACAAUCCAGCGUGCCGAUGUAAUUCUAUUCAUGCACCAGGGAGCCGUUGCAGAAAUCGGAACACACGAGGAGCUUGUUAAUAUGGAUAAUCGCUACGCUAGAUUCGUAAAGCUCCAAAGCCUAGAGGGAUCAUGGUAG